UUUGCUCAAUUCGUUCUCAAUUUCCCCUCUCUCUCUCUCUCUACCGUUCAAAAAAAAAAAAUAAAUUUCCUCUCUCUCUCGAAAAGAAGAGAAUAUAAUAAAGGGAAUAUUUGGAAGGAAUUGCUACUGACUUUCUCUUUGUAAAAAGUAGCGAGUGAAAAAACAAGCCCACGCCCUCCACUCCACUACUGCACUAGACUGGUGAUGGAUUCAGCAACGACGAUGAAGAUGAUAUUAGUGACGGGUGGGGCGGGAUUCAUAGGGACCCACACAGUUGUACAGCUUUUAAAUCAAGGCUUCGGAGUUACCAUCAUCGAUAACCUUGAUAAUUCCGUUCAAGAAGCUGUUCAUCGUGUCAGGGAUUUAGUCGGCCCUCAUCUCUCCAAUUUCCUCCACUUUCAUUUGGGCGAUAUUAGGAAUAAGCAGGAUUUGGAGAACUUGUUUUCUGUGACUAAGUUUGAUGCUGUGGUACACUUUGCGGGGCUGAAAGCUGUGGGUGAAAGUAUGGCUCAUCCAUUUCGUUACUUUGAUAAUAAUCUGAUUGGAUCGAUUACUCUGUACCAAAUCAUGGCCAAAUACAAUUGUAAGAAGUUGGUUUUCUCGUCUUCUGCAACCGUUUAUGGACAGCCUAAGAAAAUCCCGUGCGUUGAGGACUUCCCUCUGAAAGCAAUGAAUCCAUAUGGACGAACCAAGUUGUUUCUUGAAGAAAUUGCUCGAGAUAUUUACACUGCAGAUCCAGAGUGGAAAAUAGUUUUGCUGAGAUACUUUAACCCUGUUGGAGCUCAUGAGAGCGGAAAACUUGGUGAAGAUCCAAAAGGCAUUCCAAACAAUCUUAUGCCUUACAUACAACAAGUAGCUGUUGGAAGAUUACCAGAGUUGAACGUAUAUGGUCAUGACUAUCCUACAAACGAUGGAACUGCAGUGCGGGACUACAUACAUGUUAUGGAUCUGGCAGAUGGUCAUGUUGCUGCACUUAGAAAGCUUUUUACAAAAGAAGAUAUAGGUUGUUUUGCCUGCAACCUGGGGACCGGUCGUGGGACAUCUGUUCUUGAAAUGGUUACUGCGUUUGAGAAAGCAUCCGGAAAGAAAAUUCCUAUAAAAUUCUGCCCAAGAAGGCCAGGAGAUGCAACAGAAGUUUAUGCGUCCACUGAAAAAGCUGCAAGCGAGCUCGAUUGGAAGGCGAAAUAUGGCAUAGAAGAGAUGUGUAGGGAUCAAUGGAAUUGGGCAAGACAGAAUCCAUGGGGAUACCAGGAACCACCAACCAAGUGAUACAAGGCUGUGAUACUCAAGUAUGAAGGUCAAUUUACUCUAUUGUCAUCGUUGCUUGUGUUUCUGCUGUGAAUAUUUCGCAAUAAUUGUUGUUUUAGUCUACGUGUCGAGUCAAGUGUUCAUGGUUAAUACAAAGCUUUGAGUACCUGCAAGAUCAUUUCUGUUGGUUCUUUUAUUAGUUUUGUGAAUAUGUUUUAAGCAAUUUGACGCAAGUCAAGUAGCUUGUGAUCAACUCAUGGAGAAAUAAAUUUGUGUUUCAUGAGAA